GUGUGGAACAUAGCGGCGUCACCGACGGCACGGGGAUUCGCGGGCCGAAUCUGGCAUCUCUGUUCUCGACAGCAACUCUUGGGAGUAGAAGUAGAAGUCUCCAAUGAUCAUCAGGCAUCCAACAUAGCUAUGGUUUAAUGUUUCAGUAGUAAGGUGGUGGAACACCUUUCGCGAAUAAAUUGACGAGACAAAACCGUGCUAAUUCCGAUACGAACGAGAUUAGUGUAUCUUCGAUUUGACGUUGUCACAGAGAAUUGACGCGCUAAGAUAAAUCGAAUUUCUCGAGAUACGUAUAUAUGUUUGGUAUCGGAGGUUAUAAUUAUUUUUGUAGGCAGCGAGCAUUAUGAAGACUUUCUCUAAUAAAGCGAGACUGAACGAUGUGCGUACGUUUGAUUGUCAACAUAUGCAGUUGCUCUCGGUGAAGAAGAUCGUUGGUAUAAACGUUAUCCACGAACAUGUACCCUGUUGCAGCAUUGCUUCACGAAUUCAAUUGAUAUGCUUGACAGAUUGUUAUUGUCAAGAUACGAAAAACACGUGGGCAUUUUAACGGACGUGUGUAUAUAGUAGACGAUAAUGAAAUAAGUAUAUACGGAAUGUCCCUCGUAUUUUUGACGCCUGAGUUCUUUGAUUCUUGAAUUAACGUUUUUCCUUGACACAUUGCUCCUGACACUCGACGCUAAUAAAGAGCAAAUGUUGAUUACGCGUAUUUAAACAUCGUUAAACAGGGUAAAGAUUCGCAGGCAAGAGAUAAGAGUUAUGAGAUUAUUGAAACUGACCGGAAUGAUCCAUAGGAAACAUUUUCUGUCCACGAGUAAAGAACAAUGUGUACCUUGAACAAAGCUAUACUCAAAUUCCUCUAUUGGAGUUACUAUAAUGUAUUAGUUUAUAAGUUAAACAGAAGUUUUUGAAACAGUUGCUUGGUAUAGUAGCUAGUAACAUGUUUCAUUAUAUAUAUAUGUGAUUAUAUUAGAGGAAAAUUCUUGUAAAAAUGUCAGAUGCUACUUGCUCGAGAAAUAAGAAAGUGGAUAAUAUAAAUAAUAAAGAAGAGAUGAUCUAUGAAAAAUGGGAACGUUUCCAUAAUUGGGUACAUUGUAUGUGCAUUGUUACUUUUGAUCUUGAACUAGGUCAAGCUAUAGAGGCUAUAUAUCCAGGUCAUAUCAUGUUAUCUGAACAAGAGAGAUCUAACGUCUGUUAUCUCGCUUUUCCUGAUUCCAACUCUGGCUGUAUGGGAGAUACUCAAUACCAUGUCAGAAUAAGACAGAAUGGAGAUUCUGUUCAAGAGACUAAGGCUUUAAAAGAAUACGAUAGAAGAUCACCACCAUUUUUACAAUGCGAUAAAGAUUAUUACUGGGGUUAUGUAUACUUCCGUCAAGUAAAAGACAAGUCCCUUCCAAGAGGAUAUUUUCAAAAGAGUAUUGUUAUAAUUACAAAACUGCCAUUUGUGAAUCUCUUUGGUGAAUUGUGUGCUCUAAUUGCACCUGAGUUUUUUGAAAUGGGUAAUGCAGUCAUGGAAGCUAUAGUAAGAGAAAUUGAUCAGUGGCCACCUCCAGCACCUGGCCAGAUAAUUCAUUUACCACUUAUAGGCGUUUUAUUUCAGACGUAUAUUCCGAAUCAAAACUAUAAGUCAACUGCACCUACCAUUGCUGCCAUGGAUCAUGCGCCAAAUUUUCACGCAACCCGAAGACUAAUCUUAACAUCUGCCUAUGAGGGAGACAUGUUUAGAAGUUUAGCUAGCGUCGUAAGUUACGUACACUUACUAUGGGAACUAGUAUUACUUAGCGAACCAAUCGUUGUUAUGGCCGGUUCACCUACUGGUUGUUCCGAAAUGGUCCAAGCACUAAUCGCGAUGAUAGCACCAUUGAAAUAUUGCGCCGAUCAUCGACCUUACUUUACAAUUCAUGAUUCUGAGUUCAAAGAAUAUACUACGGAUGCCCCGUCGCCUCCCGCUGUAAUAUUAGGCGUAACGAACCCCUUCUUCGCUAAGACUCUGCAACAUUGGCCUCAUAUUAUCCGAAUAAGUAACGGAAUUAAUAAUGAAAAUCAAAAGUACAAAAUAAAGAAGUCGGAGAAUCUCAAAGUGUUGGACUCGAAACCGGGAGUUUAUACACAAUAUAAACCUUUUCUCCAGAAGGAUAAAACUAUAUUAAAGAAAUUAUUUAGAGGUAUCCAGACAAAGAGACCCGGCGAAGUGCAAACGGCUCUUCUAAAGCGUCAUUUGAUAGAAUUAACAGAAAGUUUUAUGAUACCUCUUGAGAGAUAUAUUGCAAGUCUUAUGCCGCUACAAAAGGACAUAUCACCUUUCAAAGCUACACCCAUACCUGAAUUGUUUAAUCCAGACGAUUUUUUAGCUACAUUGAGUAGCGCAGGACCACAGUUGACUACAGGAAUAAAAGGAGAUUGGGUAGGAUUGUAUAGACGCUUUUUUCGCUCGCCUAAUUUUUCUGGAUGGUUUCAUACUAGGUAUACCGAACUAUCGCAAAAAUUACAAGUCAUACAACUGGAGGCACUGUCAAAAGCGGAUUUAAAAACAUGGGUGCAAGGGAAACAGGAAGUAGAACUAGUUGACAUGAUUCUCAGAAUUCGACAAAAAUUAGAAAAGACGUAUAUCGAUGAAGUACCUAUUGGUAACUCUGUAAGAGAAAAGCUUCAGGAAAGAAUAAACGACAUCACGCAUACGUUACCAGACGAUUUGAAAGACAUUUUAAAUCAUGAAUCUUGACAUUACGAUCACGCUAUUAACUUUAAGAGUCGGUGAACGACAUUUACAUUUAGAUACAAACGAAGUUAUAAGUAUGUCAAUGGACGAACUAGAUUAAAACUAUGUCCAAGCAUUGCUCUCUUUGUUGGUAAAUGUAAACAAAUGAUAUGAACAGAAGAAAUAGCGGGGCGAAAUAUCUAAAAUACGUAGAAAACGUGAAAACGUAGGGAAAUAUUGUAUCGAUGUAUUUCAUGGGAAGUUUAGUUUUAUUUGUAGUUUAAUUUUUUUAUUUCCUGCUUAAAUACUCCGAGAUGGAUAUUUCAGGACUACGCAUUUUUUUUUAUAUGUAACAGGAGGAGUGAUACGGAAGUCAAUACUGGUGCGUGAAAUAUUUUAUAGGUGCAACUAAAGACUUAUGUGCUCGUAUUUGUAUUUCUACGCCGACGAAAUAAUAAUACGUGUAUUUAUUAUCUUAAUAUUUUUCUCCGACAGAAUUCGCCGUUUUCUAGUACUAUAAAAUUCAUAUCUACGUUAUAUAACCGAGUUUCUUCCUAAAAUCAUUUAUCUCGAUUUACUAAUAAUUUUGGAUUCGUUUUGUUUCUAAGAUCCAUCAAUGAGAUAGUAUUUUUUAUUCCAAGAAUAAUAAUAAAUCCUAAUUACAUGUGAGUGUGACAGAGAGAAGAGCACUAAUCACUGUAUGUAUAUAUGUGUUUAACUUGAGAUCUGUAUAUAUUGAUAUGAAUGAUAAAUGUAAUAAAGAUUUAUUUUAAUAA